UAAGUGAAACUUGAAUCUUUGUCUUGAAUCUUAAACCCUGGCACUGCAUUUCCUGCCUGGAGGAAGUGAACAUGAACAUCGACACUGAGUCGUGAUAUCAGUACCUGUGGACUGGACAAGUGAAUGAACGAGGACAGAAGAGGCUUGUCAAGUUCAAACUUUCUCUAGUUUCCACGGCUACCUUUCAAUUUUAUCGGCCGUGUAUGAAUCUGAACAGUUCCCAAUUUUCCUCUGCCUUCCAAUAUUUGGAAUUUUGAAUGAAUUGAGCCCAGGGAUCGACAAAGUAGAGCGAUUGAGCUAAUAAAAUCGAGUUGUCGUUAGACGGAAGCAUGAUCAAGUUCCAACGAAGAAAACUUCUCUUCUCACUGGGGUGUAGAACUGGACCAUUCGGAAAAACUUAAGUUGCGGGAACAACAAGAGUACUAUUGAGCUGAACAUCUCAAUGAUGAUGAUAGUCUCAAAUUCCCGAUAUCGAUGAAUUAAGAAUGAACUGAUUUUGCCGAAUUCAGUCAAAUUCAUCCAACUGCUUCUCUGCAGGACCGCCUGGUCGUAUAAGCAGUCAGCACAUUUUAGCGUCAGUAAUAUGCAAGAAGCCAGGAAUUUGGAUUGGAGGGCUGCUCUGGAUAGGCUGGUCGCCCGCCAGCCUAACAUCACCAAUGAUUCACUCGUGAGAAGGAUUUUGCACGAGGGAUGUGACGAGGAAGGCGACGUGUUUGCAGCAGCUCAGCAGUUGCUCUUGAGACCGCAGCUGACCGUAGCAACAGCGGGAUGUUUUAGGCCAUUGCUCUCGCGUUUAAUUGACAGUCUUGUCCAGUCACUGCGGCAACUUUGGUUGCAGGGCCGGUCGUCGCCGGCAGUGAAGAUGUCAUCGACCACUUCCCAAGCAACUGAGAAUUCUCCAUUUAGUACCUGGAGUCUUAGUGUACAUGAGCAUGCUGUGAUGGCCUUGAGUCGCAUCCUAGAACUGGCACCAUAUACUUUGAGCAUGUUGUUGCAGUACUUCGCAUUCGCACCCCCACCUUUUGAGCGGCUCCUCCAAGGCACGACUUCUUUGGCAGAGGAUGUUCCCCCUUUGUUGGACGUUGUGCGAGCAUGCUACCGCUUCUUACAGUUGGAACCCAAAGUAUUUAGAGACUUGUGGGACUGGAGCCCGUUUCUUGAUCUACUCCAAUGGGCUGGCACAGAUGCAUCAGAAGGACCAUCCAAACAAAUGUGCCUCGAUAUUCGAUGGUGUGCUGCUCAAAUUUUGUCCAUUGUGUUGAGAAUGAGCGAUGGAGCUACUAGAUUGAUGACUCUGAAAGUUUCAGGUCUCACAGAAGAAGAUUGCUUUGCCUGCCUCUUGAGAUGGGAAGCCUUUGGUCACGAAAUAGCCGUGGAGAAAGCAGGGAUGUAUCUAGAACAGUAUGUCAAGUCAGACAUUUCGUUGAGUGAAGGAUCUCAGAAUGAAGAAGUCAAGAAGAGGAAUGGUUUAGCUCUCAUGGAUGAAUUUCAGUCGGUUGUAAAGAGGACAUCCGAAGUAGGUGCAUCUUUCGUUGAAAUAUGUGGCAUCGAACUGCCUGUUAGACUGGAUUCAAGCAGCUCAAGUUCAGCUUGUCCUUCCACGAGUUCGUUUGUGCUCACCUCAACCGUGAAGAAGAAUUUGGAGUCUGUAGUACUGGCUUUGAGCCAGAGACAACCUAUUCUUUUGGAAGGGCCCAUAGGAGCUGGAAAAACAUUGCUUAUACAAGAACUUGCUGACCUUACUGGGAACUCAGAUGUUGUCUUCGUACAUCUGGAUGAUCAGAUGGAUAGUAAGACUCUGCUUGGCAAUUAUGUCUGCACGGAGAUUCCUGGGGAGUUCAAGUGGCAACCAGGUGCUCUUACGCAGGCUGUACUUCGGGGUUUGUGGGUGGUCUUCGAAGACAUUGAUCGCGCUCCUCUGGAGAUACUAUCUGCUCUAGUUCCUCUCUUGGAAGAUCGGAAACUAUACUUAGCCGGUCGCGGGGAAGUUAUAAAUGCCGCGGAGAACUUUUGCUUAUUUUCGACGGUAACGCGGACUAAGUUCGGUUCGGCUUCGGUUGGCGGGAAGGAUAUGCUAACCAACCUUUGGAGGAAGGUGGUCAUCGAUUCUCCAAGUGAUGACGAGCUUGCGGUCAUUAUAGAAGCUCGCUUUCCUAUGAUUUCAGUUCUUAUACCCAAACUUAUCGGAACGUUGAACAUGGUAAGAGAGAUGACAUCUCAGUCAUCUGUAUUGACAGAUGGCCUAGGGGCCAUUUCUGUACAUAUUGGGAGGCAGUUCUCUACCAGAGAUCUUGUAAAGUGGUGUCAAAGAAUAGUGAUUAUUGGCUCACAACAUUUCGAAGGACAGUUUCUUUCCACCUACGCACGAGAGCGGAUAUUUGUCGAGGCUAUCGACUGUUUCGCCGGAUCUAUCUCAAGCAUUGCAGAUCGACAGUUGGUUAUGAGGGCGAUUGCAGAGCACUGGGAAGUUCCACUGGAAAGAGUCAAUUUUUUCAGCACAUUGAACAAGCCCUCAUUACAGGUAUCUCGAUCUGCUGUUCAACUUGGCCGAGCAACUAUCACAUCAUCAACUCACAAGGGCAAGAGUCAGGGAGGUCGACCUUUUGCUCAUACUGGGCAAGCCAUGCGUACUUUAGAAAGUAUAGGCGCUUGUGUACAACAGAAGGAACCCGUAUUACUUGUUGGAGAGACUGGGACGGGAAAAACAACCAUUGUUCAGUACUUGGCAAGACAGAUCUCGAUGCCUUUGGUUGUUCUGAAUCUGAGCCAACAAAGUGAUAGCGUAGAUCUUUUGGGCGGCUACAAACCUUUGGAAGCACAAAACGUGUGCAUUCCUCUGUUUGAAUCUUUCAACAUCCUAUUUCGAGAAACUUUUCCCAUGAAGAAAAAUGCUGAUCUUUUGGAGCAAGUGGGUCGCUUGGCUGAAAGAAAGAGAUGGGAGAAGUUAUUGAAAGCUUUCCGAACUACCGUUGGUACAGUGUCGAAGCUUGCUGGAUUGUCGUUUCCUGCGCCGGACGAUGACCUCCGAUGUACAUCUGCGAUUGUAUCGGAAGACUCUUCUGAUGUGGUGGAUAUGGAGCAGCUUCCAAAGAGGAAGAGACCACUCAAGGACAGAAUACUCAAUGGAUGGCGUAAAUUUUCAGCUCAACUUUAUAAAGCUGAACGCCAAGUUGAGUCGGCGAAAACCGCUUUUGCGUUUUCUUUUGUUGAAGGAGCACUUGUGAGAGCUCUGAAAGAAGGUCAUUGGAUAUUAUUAGAUGAGAUCAACUUGGCCCCAACAGAAACUCUGGAGAGACUGACGGGUGUUCUAGAAGGAGAAAAAGGUUCAUUGUGUCUUACAGAACGUGGCGACGUGGAGAGCAUCAUGUGGCACCCGGAUUUCAGAAUUUUUGCUUGUAUGAACCCUGCAACUGAUGUAGGAAAACGCGACUUACCUCUCUCUUUGAAAAAUCGCCUUACAGAGUUUUUUGUUGACGAGCUCACCAAUAAGGAGGAUUUACAUACCUUUGUUUAUCAGUAUCUUGAGACGGCCCUGCCAAAUCCUCCUGUGGAGGAUAUUGUCAACUUCUACCUGCUGGCUCGUCAAGAAGCAGAAUCAAGGCUUCUUGACGGGGCAAAUCAGAAGCCUCAGUACAGUCUACGUUCAUUGGCACGUGCUUUGGAAUAUACUAAGGCAGCAAUGUCCAUAUACGGGUUCCAUAGAUCUAUGUAUGAUGGCCUUUGCAUGUCAUUCCUCACGCUCCUCGAUCGUCCUAGUGCCUUAAUCAUGGACCAGCUUAUACUACGGUCUGUAUUCAAGCAGACAGGGAUAGCGGGUGCGAAGUGGUUGAAAUCACUUCUCAAAAUUCCUGUUCAGCCUAGCUCCCAACAUGUGCUAUUCGAACAGUUCUGGGUUGAGAAAGGAAACGUCGAACCAUCUGAGCUGUCCUUCGAAUCCUGUCAGAAAUAUGUCCUUACUCCUAGUAUCCGGGAACAUCUGAAGAAUCUUGCACGAGCUGUCUUCGUUCGGAAGAAUCCUGUUUUGCUUCAAGGACCUACUUCAAGUGGUAAAACCAGCAUGAUUGAGUACCUGGCUUUGACAACUGGCCAUCGAUUUGUUCGUAUCAACAAUCACGAGCAUACUGAUCUGCAGGAGUACCUGGGGUCGUAUGUAACUGACAAUUUCGGAAAACUUGUUUUUCAAGAAGGAAUUCUUGUUGAGGCUGUACGCAAAGGAUACUGGAUAGUGCUUGAUGAGCUGAAUCUUGCACCGUCUGAUGUCCUUGAAGCAUUGAAUCGUUUGUUAGAUGACAACCGAGAACUUUUUGUUCCAGAGCUUCAGUUGAUGGUCAAGCCACAUCCUCACUUUAUGUUAUUUGCUACGCAAAACCCUCCUGGUAUUUAUGGAGGACGCAAAAUCUUAUCACGAGCUUUUCGUAAUCGUUUUAUUGAGCUGCAUGUGGAUGACAUUCCGGAUGACGAGCUUCAAGUGAUACUUGAAAAACGAUGCCAGAUUCCUGGAAGCUAUGCUAGCAAAAUGGUCGAAGUGAUGAAGGAUUUGCAACGGCAUCGUCAGAGUAGUAGAGUUUUCGCUGGUAAGCAUGGUUUCAUCACUCCCAGAGAUUUGUUUCGGUGGGCAGACCGGCAUGCAAACGGUUAUCAAGAGCUUGCAAGAGAUGGAUACAUGCUCCUUGCAGAAAGAUUGCGUGAUCCAGACGAGAAGCUGGUCGUGCAACUGACUUUGGAGAAACACAUGCGUGUGAAGAUCGAAUUAGAAGAGCUCCAUGAGCUCUCUGGGAGCGGACGCCUCAAAGAAGUCAGUGAUUAUUUAAGUCUACCCGAACAUUUUCCUACAUUUGGCAAGAUUGUGUGGACAAAGAGUAUGAAGAGACUGUUCAACUUAGUGGAGCAUUGCAUAAGACACAGUGAGCCUAUUUUACUUGUGGGUGAUACUGGCUGUGGCAAGACGACAGUAUGCCAAAUGCUGGCUCUGUUUCUGCGUCAGAAGCUUCACAUUCUUAACUGUCAUCAACAUUCUGAGACAGCAGACUUCAUAGGGGGUUUACGUCCCGUGCGUGAGAGAGACAACCUUGCCGCAAGGUUUCAGGCUGUCCUCCAAAAUCUUCGAUCUUCAAAUUUGUUUCAGAAAGUAUACAUUGACGAGCUGUCAUCUAGUAUUGAAGAUUCAGCCACCACUCUGGGGACAAUUAGGAGUAUUCUUUUUCAACUCAAGACACCCUCGAAUAGUGUGAAAGACCAAAGCAAGUUCAUUAAUGAAGCCGAGGAGAUCGUAGCUCUCGAAUCAAUGGAAAACGAGCUAACUCGUUUACAAAGAGAAUGGCAGUCUCUGUUUUUAUGGCAUGAUGGGCCACUUGUCGAAGCCAUGCGAAAUGGGGAUUUCUUCCUUAUUGAUGAAAUAUCUCUUGCGGAUGAUAGUGUCUUGGAAAGAUUAAACAGUGUUUUGGAGCCGAAACGUUUGUUGGUUUUAGCAGAAAAAGGAGGCUCGACUGUGGAAGAAAUAGUUGCUCACGCAAAGUUUCGCCUGCUUGCUACGAUGAAUCCCGGAGGAGAUUUCGGCAAGAGAGAGUUGUCACCAGCUCUUCGAAAUAGGUUCACCGAAAUUUGGGUGCCACCCAUAUGUGAUGUUGAGGACUUGCGAAGUAUCGUGACUGACAGGUUUGCACAACCAGAACUACUAUCGCUCACUGAGCCUCUUCUUCACUUUUGGCAGUGGUUCCAAAAUCAUGGUGACCAAGGAAGAGUUCUCUCCGUAAGAGACCUAUUGUCGUGGGUGAGCUUCAUAAACUGUACUGCACAAGGUGUCGGAUUGAGCGCUGCCUUUGUGCAUGGAGCACUUCUUGUACUAUUGGACGGGCUGGGUCUGGGUACUGGAUUGUCGAGUACUGCAACUGAAAAGCUGAGGGGCAAAUGUUUGGACCACUUACUGCAAGAGUUGCCUGAUAACGAAAGAAGUGCCUUGAUAGCAUCUUCGCACUUCGAAGGAAUCAACUCUAGGUCGGAUGUGAGAAGGAGUAUUGAGCAUGAAGUUCGUCCCAUGGAAAUUGAGACAUCUGCAGACUCUUCUCAGAAAAUUAAUCUUUUUGGAAUACAUCCCUUUUUCAUACCGAAAGGAACACAAGGACACCAACACGUGACAUUUGAAUUGUCUGCGCCAACAACAAGCUGGAAUGCUCUUCGAAUCUUAAGGGCUAUGCAGCUAUCUAAACCAGUUCUUUUGGAAGGUAGUCCUGGUGUGGGGAAGACAAGCCUGGUCACAGCUUUAGCAAGGAGUUCUGGUCAUGCGCUCGUCCGAAUAAACUUGUCUGAGCAGACUGACGUAAUGGACCUUUUCGGAUCUGACAUGCCAGUUGAAGGGGGAAAGAGUGGAGAGUUUGAAUGGUCUGAUGGCGUUUUCCUGCAGGCAUUAAAAGCAGGCCACUGGAUUCUGUUGGACGAACUGAAUCUCGCAUCGCAAUCUGUGUUGGAGGGUUUGAACGCUUGUUUAGAUCAUCGUGGAGAAGUGUUCAUACCAGAGCUGGGUCUAGUUUUCAAGUGCCCUCCAAAUUUCAGGGUCUUUGCCUGUCAAAAUCCAAUCUCUCAGGGAGGAGGGCGGAAAGGCCUUCCCAAAUCAUUCCUUAAUCGUUUCACAAAGGUUUAUGUAGAUGCAUUACAAGAGAAUGAUUAUCUUUUCAUUGCUCGGGCUCUUCAUCCCUCCAUUCCGGAAGGUUUACUGGAGAAGAUGGUUCGAUUCAAUGGCCGUGUUUAUGAGGACACUAUGGUUGCCCAUGCAUACGGGCAUUCGGGAUCUCCGUGGGAGUUUAACCUUCGUGAUAUUCUGCGUUGGUGUGAACUGGUUGAAGGCAUGGAUAAAAGAUGGUCUCAUGAGGCCUUGGUGGAGAGUUUUUUGGACGUUGUGUAUCUGCAAAGAAUGAGGACCAAGGACGACCGGCAUCAUGUCUUGAGUGUUUACAAGGAUGUAUUUGGAGUGUCUGCUUUGAUAGACACAUACCCGCUUUUUAGAGUAAGUCCCGAGCAUCUCCAAGUCGGGAAGGCUGUAUUGCCGCGUAAAAGUGAUACGCAGAUUCAAAAAGAUAACUUCAGUCAACUGCGGCUUUUACCAGGCAUUGGAAAUAGAAUUGAAAGCUUGCUGCACUGCGUGAAAAGGGGCUGGAUGUGCAAUUUGGUCGGGCCUGCGGCUUCUGGUAAAACAAAUCUAGUUCGUCUAUUGGCCGCUGUCACCGGGAACACUUUGCAUGAAUUUGCACUGUCUAGCGGGACAGACACAACUGAACUCCUCGGAUGCUUUGAGCAAUAUGAUCCAUUUCGUCGUUGGCAAGACAUUGUCAGAAGAGCGCAUCAUUCUCUAGAAGCUAUUUGUUGCUACUGUCUUACUGUUUCCGAAAACACUCUAAGUGUGGAACGCAAGUUAAUGUUGGUGAAAAGUUUGAUGAGCUCGUGGGCUGCUUUUCAGAAAUGUUUAAGUUCACGGGGCCGUUUACCCGCGUUUACUUUACUGAACGAAGAGAAAGAUGUGUUAGAUCCUUUGUCUGUAGAGAUGCUCCUACAAACAUUAGAGCAGUUGAUACAGACCUGUAGGGCCUGUAAUAUACAGUCGUUGAGUGCAGGAUUGCAACCGCAUCAGCUCGCGGGCAGUCUUAAAGCUGUACAGGAGUGUGUCGGGAAGGUGCAAAAGUUAGGUCGGUUUGAGUGGAAUGACGGAGGUUUACUCAAAGCAAUUGAAAAUGGAAACUGGGUAUUAUUGGAGAACGCCAAUCUUUGCAAUCCAACGGUACUUGACAGGCUGAAUCCGCUGCUGGAGCCGGAUGGUACUAUAAUGAUCAAUGAGAGGGGGCUUGUGAACGGUGAAGCUAUGUUAGUUCGGGCACAUCCUGAUUUCCGGCUGUUUAUCACCGUUGAUCCAAUCUACGGUGAAGUCUCAAGAGCGAUGCGCAAUCGAGGAGUUGAGAUUUUUAUGAUGGAAUCAGAUUGGUACUUUCCGGAGCCAAAAGAGCCCUCGUCCCUGUCAAGACUAAAUGAUCUUGCCAGUGAAAGUGCCUACAAACUUCUCGUGCAAUCUGGAAUUCCUGGCAAUAUCUUAAUUGAGGGUAUGUAUAAAGCGCAUUUGGAUAUCAAAAUGUACACAAAAUCCUUACCAGGAGGAACGCAUGUCUCGUUAAGAACACUUUCUCAUUGGAUAUCACUGUUACACCAAUUGCUUGAACGAGGAGCAAACUUUACUUGGAGUCUAGCAUGUAGCUGGGUGCAGACCUUUGUUCGUCAUCUUGAAAAUGCACCAGCAAGAGAAGCAGCUCUACACAUGUUCCACUCACGCCUUUCGAAGUUGGACUUGGGAGGCAGUCAUCAAGAACUUAGUCUUUUUGUUCCUGGAGGCUGGCCAAGUCCCCACAAUUUGAGCUUAUACUGCAUGAGAUCCAAAGAGUCUAACGUGAAAGUUGACUCAAUGUAUGUGGAGCAGCUGAUAAGUGAGUACAUUUUGAUGCAAUCGGCAAAGAAUGGGAGGUCUAAUCUGCAGAGGAGCUCAGGUGGUAUAUCUUGUUCCUCGAUUGCGAGCAAAGUCGACAUCUUUACAUACCUAUCUCCCAGACUUUUAUAUAGAAUCUUGAAUCCUUCAACUCGGAUGGACGGGGACACAAGGACCAACUUUGAUGAUCAAAACUUGUUCCGGGAUAUUGAGGCUAAAUUGCAUUACGCAAGUCUAUGGAUGAUUGAACACGGAAGUUUGUCUGACAUGGGACUCCGUAUUCUAUGGCUCAAUAGCUUUGCAGCCAAGAUCGAGGGCUUUGAUCGCAUUUUUCUUCCUCUUGUCGUAGCUUUGGAGAAAGAAUUACAGCACGCUAUUGGUAAGGAGCUCCUUCUAGCAUGGGAGCGCUUGGAAUCUCAAAUCGGAGGAGAUUUUUUUUAUAAUGUGAUCCCAUACACUUCUGGGAGCAAAGCUUUAACUCCUCGUUUCCAAAACGAGGGAAACAGUGAGCUGUCAAAGGAUGCAGUGAGUCAGGUGAUGUUUUUGGGGAAAAAACUGUUAUCUCUUCGCCGUAGUCUUCUCCAGUGGCACAUUGAAGAUGAAACAUACAAGUCUGUGCCAACUCAAGCUUGGGGUUCGCUGCAGAGCCCUAUAUUGCAGUCUUACUGGCAUUCUGUACAUGGAUCCACAAGAAAGGCUGGAAUGGUCUCCAACAUUCCGAAGACCAUGGUGAAAUAUCUCUUUCCCUUUUUUACGUCAAUGAGGAACUUUGAGAAUGAGAUUCUUACUAGAAGUGGUUCGGAAGUUUGGUUCUUGAGCGUGGAGUCGCUGGUCUCAAAGCUGCAGGAGUGGCAUGAAGAUCUUUGGAAGAUCUUGAUACAGCCUACAUUUGUCAGGGAAUUAUUUCUGUUCUACUGGUUGGAGACGAAGCAAACCUUGAUUCAAGUCAUUAGACUUGCUGUUGGGAUCCCGGAUAUUGGAAAGAUAGCAGAAUCUUUGGAGGACAUUGUGCGAAGCUUAGAUGAAGGUUUCAGUUUUGGGCCUGGAUCAGGGUUCAGACCGCUUCUAUGGAAGUACGGGGGUCACCCUCAAAUGCUAAGUUCCAAAGAAUUGUAUGAGCAGGAACGGUCGGUUUUGGCUUUAUGUCAAAAGGUUUGGGAAUCACCAGAACAAGGUCAUGCCGAUUGUACAUCAAGUUCCAAAAUCGAACUCCGACGUGUGAUUAUGGAAGGUUUGAGCAUGAGUGUGUGGCUAAGACAGAAAAAAUUCAACAAGAGAGAAGAUCAAGUUGUUGGUAGCAUUGGAACACAAACUGCUCUCAAUUCGGCUGAGAGGAUGCACGAAGCUCGACGAGAAUGUGGGCAAAUUUUUCAGAUGGUUUUGGAAAAAAUCAACUCGGAGAUUCUCCUCGCAGACAACACUCCUAAGGAUGUCAUAGUUCCUCUCAACAUCACAGCCAUCUUUGGACAGGAUGCCAGACCGUCCAAAUUGUCUUGCUGCAAGUGUGCCAGUGGUCAUCGAAGUGAUGACACAAUGCUUCAAGAUCUGAUGUAUCUGCCAUCCGUUCAGUCCAUGUGGUUAGAGUUACUUCCAUGGCUGGAUCAUGUCAGCAUCCAAAUGGAUAUGGCACUUCUUGGAAACGUGUCAGCUACCAGUCUUGCUGCACUGCUGGACUGCAAUCUGCACGAGGCUCUGAAACAAGGGGGUCUGGAUUCUAAAUUUGUACAUAGUGUUUUGGAGUUUGCAAUCACUUCAUCGUCAAGAUCACCAGUUGACUUUGUUCCUCAUCAGCAAAUAAUCUGGAUUUUAGAAGCACUUGACACAAAAUCAACCGAUUUGAUCGUAAGCUUGCAGUAUAUUAGCCAUGAAAUGUGGGUGCGGUGGCAUCAGGCUCUGUGGAGGACAAGUUCGAAGCAAAUUGGGGAAAGCGGUGAGGAAUGGACUUUGACGAGAGGUCCCCCACGAAUGUUCCAGGCUGCCCAAAGUGUCCUGUUGUCAAGCAGAAUAGGGCGCCAGCCAGUACCAGUUCAGGAAUAUAGGGGAAAGUUGCUCCAACUUCGGAGAGUUAUCAGCCACUUAUGGAACCUGCAAAAAAAGGAAUUACCGGACUCGCGGAACCUCGACCUUUGCAACCUGAGCACUCUUUUCCAACAGAUCUUACUUGUACACAAGAAGUCGUUCGUGCCUAAUGAUUACGAUCAAAUGCGGAAGCUACUCACCACUUUCCACGAGCAUAUAUUGAAGAAGAAUCUCGAAGAUCAUGAGGGUGGGAAUAAGCUUCUGGAAGACCUUGAAUCAAUAUUACAACGUUCGAAGCAUCAAGGACUUCUCUGCAUUACACGUUCUUUAGUUAUACCCUGUGCUCAGCUCCUCUAUUGUACUUCAUGGGCGAAUUGUGAUGCUAGAGAGGUGUUAGUGGAGCAUGGUCGUUUGUGGUUGUUGGUGGGAUCCAUUCGUCUUCGUCUUAUUUUACCACUUGACGAGUGUGACCCUGUCACGAAGUAUGGUUACAAGUGUGAUCAUAUUCGUAACCAGCUUCACAAUUUGAACUUGGAAAUUGAGGUACGGCAUAAAAGUGAAGUCUAUUCACGAGGUUCAGGGAGAACGCAAGAGAUUACGUCGUUGCAGUUGAGGGCUGAUGAAUUGGCGCAGGAAAUGAAUAACUUAAGUUUGAAAAUUAUAUUUAGGCCGCAGCCCUCAAAGUUUAAGGACUUUUGUCAAGAGGUCAAGCGUUUUAUAGAUCUUUCUGCGGGAACGGAAAGACUGUCAACAUUGUGGUCUAAACUCAGCUCUCCCACUUUGGACGGAGCGAGGUGUAUACCAGAAGCAGUGGCUUUCCAGGAGAACUGUGAACGUUUUCUCCACCAUCUAGAUGGUGACUAUCCAGCAUAUCGAGAUUUUGUGCAACCUGUUAAGCAAGCAGUCUAUGAACUUGCAUUCGGGUUGUCUCUGGGUUUGGCGGCUCAUUUACAACGAGAGACCAUGAUAUCCGUUGGUGUCCAGCAUGGCGAUAUAACAAUAGCUAAUUUAAUAUGCGUACUUCUGGAGUUUCCGAGGCUUAAGAGUCGAAGAAAAGAAUCGCCGGACGAAUGUUCUACUGCAGUUGAAAUUCUUUCUUCAUAUGAUCUAGUGAAUUCUGUCACGGAGCAAGUUGUUGACUGGGCAGCUGCAAAACAGAACGUGUCAAGUGUAUCUAGAGAGGUUGCGAAGAUGGAAUCAAGAGUAGGAAUCUUGCGGAUAGCUCUCCUGCGCUUUGGUCAUGAGGUCUUGCAGUCAGGCAUUACAACAAAGACCGUUCUGGAGCGUUUAGAAAUGUGCUUCAAUGCCUUCUCGUCCCUCUGGCGAGAAAUACGUGAGCAUCGAAUGGAGCGACAACGUCGCGAGGCUCAAUUAUCGCAGUUUACAACUACUACUUACAACAUGGAUGUUGAAGAGACUCUUGAUGAGGAGUCGUUCAAGACAAUGUUCCCCGAUUACAAGCCUGAAUUUGAAUCCUUCAAGGAUCUUCAGUUUGCUAGUGCCGAAGAUGAUGAUAGACGAGCUCAGGAGUCAGUCACGCUGCCUCCGGACGAAGACUGUUCCUACGCAGAGAAAUCCUGGACACGCAUGGAAGAGGCCCUUGUCAAGGAUGUCACACGCAUCCAUAAUCUGCUAUUUAAUGCUCGCAAAGUCGUGCCUCAUGAAGGAAACAUGCCCGUGGAGUCUUUCGAAGAAGAAAUUGUCCAGAACUUUGUGCUCUCUUACGACACAGGAAAACAGCUUCUUGAAAGUCUAGGACAUUGCGUUCCAGCCUCAGUGGAUAAGCGGCUCUUCUCUUCGCACUUGAUGAGAUACAAUGUGGAAUAUCAUAAGCUUGCGGGUGGACGUGACGGACUCAGACCUACUACCAAUAAACUCUCAGAUACAAAUGCAUCUGAAAUAGCAUUGCUGCUGGAUCCGGUUGCCAAUUAUUUACAUCGUAUUCAGGAGUUGUUAGUAGAGUGGCCUGAUCAUCCAGUCCUUCUGCAACUUCUCCAGAUUGCCAGCACUAUACUAUCAUUCCCUUUGGAUACCCCGGUUAUGAAGGCGUUGACAGGAGUGGAGCUUCUUCUUGCUAAGUCUCAACUUUGGGAAGAGAAUGCCGCAAAGCAUGUUUCCGUGGCAGGUGAAUUGAGUGGGCUUUCUCGACUUGUCACACACUGGAGGAAAAUGGAACUCGAAGAGUGGUCGUCAUUACUUAAGAGUGCCGAAGAAAAGCAUAUAAUUAGUGCGAAUAAGCUCUGGUUUUCUUUGUAUGGGCUUCUACAUCGACCUGUCGGAGACGACAUUAAUGCCCACCUUGAGGCUACUACCUCAAGUAUGGAGGAAUUCAUGCAGAGCGCAACUCUUGGCGAAUUUGGAACUCGCUUACAACUUGUUGAAGCAUUCCAAGGCCAUAUCUCUGCACAACUCCUUGCUAGGGCACCUGUAGUUGGCUCCUCAAGGGUUACUCUCGAGGCUCUAUCGAACCUCUUACACAAUCUGCUGAAAUACUACUCUCAAUUUCUCCCAACGCUGAACGAAAUUGUCUCAUCUGACAAAUUGACUAUCGAGACUGAGCUGAAGGACUUUGUGCGACUUUCAAAGUGGGAUGAUCGUAGUUACUACACUUUAUCGCUCUCUUCAGAAAAGACACAUCGAAAGCUCCACAAACUUGUGAAGAAAUACGAUGAAGUUCUUAAACGACCAGCGAGCGAGUUAGUUGCCAAGCAGGCAUCACGCAUGGGCGCGCAGAAUUUGUCUAGUAUGAAUUCACACGUGAAGAACGAUGUUGGUGUUGUUCUUGACAUUCCUCAUGAAGGAAGUCAAGAAAUGAAGACUCUUGUAAAGAAAUCGCGGAGAAAGGGGAUCAAAAAGAAAAGCGAGUCGAUAGCUAUUGGUUUAUCUGCCGAUGAAUGGCGGAAGCGAUGUGAAACGAAAUUGAAGCAGCUCGCGGUAGUUGCUGCGCAAGUUCCAACAGCCUUCACAGAAGCAGGAGGCUACCGAAAUCGACUGCCAGCUCUCUGUUCGAAAAUUGGCAGUCUGUUGGGUGCUUCUGUGUUUUUGGAAUCUAGCAACUUCACUCGGCAGGAGGGUGCCGACUCCCUAGAGAUGCUCGCAACGUCAAUAAUUGUCAGAUCAACGGAGCUUAGAGAAGGCGAGAAGAAAAUUGCUAUUAAAAAGAAGGCGUUGAUCGAUCUGCUGAAGAUCCUGCGCCAAAUCGGAAUGUCGCAUCAUAAAUCCGCUGUACCUAAGGAACAACGAAGCACCCAAAGUUGGUUGUUAUUGCGUCGUGCUGAAGUCGGCAGUAUGUCAUAUCACCAUCGAAGUCCUCAUGGAGUAUCAGGAGAACUCAUUGAAAGUUCUGAAACAAAAUUGGAGGAGACUUGCAUCAUCGUCUGGGAUAAAGCAAGCGACUACUACUUCAAGAACAUGGCUCUUUUACAACAUCUGCAGGCAUCAUCGCUAGAGUUCAAUAAAGAUCUUACUCUUCGAGAGGUUGAUCUCUGCAAAAGGUACAUGGAACAUAUUUUGUAUAUUCAACAAUGUCAACGGGUCAAGGCGCAUAAUUUGAGCUUGAAACUUGGAGAUCUUGGACAACUUACAGAGGUUCUAUCAAGUUGUGGGUGUUCUGACACUGGGCUGCCAAAACAGAAAAUCGUGCGGAAAUGGUUAUGGCAACAAAAGUUCUUCUUUGAUUCGCUAUGGCAGGUAGCCACAGAAACACUGCUUCUAUUGAAGACAUCAGAAAGGGUUCACACAUGCCCUGAAAAUCUUAUGAGAUUGGAAGUGUAUGCAAUGAAACUUUUUGUCGAAGAACUUCUAGAAGGACUAAAGCCAUGCAAAGAUCGGUUGGACAAUCAUCUUCUGCCAAGAAGCGGUGUAGAUAUGGAGAGGAAGGAAAGUUUUCCUAUAUUUAUUACUUCUGCAGUAUAUGAGGAUCUUACAGGAAACUUCAACUUUGUUGCUGGGAUUGAGGCCACCUUCAAGAAGGUCUUUCAGCAGCAGAAAACGCUUGGCAUGAACCAAUUGACUGGGCUUCAGCCUUUAAAGCAACUGCUUGAUGAGGGCUAUGCAAUGGUUCAAGAAUUUUCUCAGGAGGAGAUUCAAACUAGCAGCACUGCACAUGAUAGCCCAUCACCGUACGAAUUGUUGACCGAACUUUCGAGUUCGGCUGAACAUGCAAUCUCGGAGAUUUUAUUAGCUGUACAGACACUCAGCAGGCCGGACACUGGAAGUUUUGACGAACAGUCAAACCUUGAGAAUAAUGAAGAAUCUUUCAACGAUGCAAUCGGUGCUUUAGGAAGAAUAGACGAUUUUGAAACUGCAACUCUGGAACAGACUAUCACGGCACGCCUGGAUCGUGUUACUCAAGCACUUCUUCAAGUACUAGUUUUGUCUGAAAAAUUGGUCGACCACCCCAGUGCUGGGAAGGAGAUAUCCGCAAAUGUCGGGAGGUUACUGAACUGCAUACACGUGCCACUGGAUAUGCUCCAUAUAGCGGGGAUGCACCUCCUGUUCAACUACAUUUCUUUGCACAAAUCUGUGACGAAGUUGGGGUAUAUCUUGGGGAAUCUUUUCCUUUCUCUUUUCACGGAAGGGUUCUGUAGAACGAAAGACGGAGAGGGAGAAGAUGGAGCAAAUAACUUUGAGGAUGACGCCAAGGGUACAGGAAUGGGAGAAGGUGAAGGUAAAAAAGAUGUGAGUGAGCAAAUAGAAGACGAGGAGCAGUUAAUGGGAGACUCCGAUAAGGACAAGGAUGCUGAGAAGGAAGAAGGAGGUAAGAAGCCUGACAAAGGCGUUGAGAUGGAGCAAGACUUCAACGGCGAAAUGAUGGAUUUAAGCAGUGACGAGUCAGAGGACGACGACGACACUGAGAAAGAUGAAAACGAACAGCUCGAAUCCAAGAUGGGGGAAGAUGGAGAGGACAAUGAAAUAGUAGACGAGAAGCUUUGGAACGACGAGGAUGAGAGUGGUGAUAGACCGGAGGGUAAAGAAAAGUAUGAGAAGGAUAGUGGAGUUACAGGUGCCAAACCAGAAGACCUGGAAAUGCGGGGUAAAGAAGGAACAGAUGAAGAUGACACGGGAAAAGGUGAAAACUCCGAACCCAUUUCCGAGUCUGAGGUGAAGCCGGAUGAAGAUGAACCUGAGGUGGAGCCGGUUGAAGAUGAUGUACAAGGUGCCAACAAGGAUGAGACUCUCGAAGAUUCGAGUGGGGUUAAGCCUUCAAUGGAAGAAACUCUUGAACUUCCAGAUAAUUUAGAACUAGAUGGUGAAGAAGAUGGAAAAGAUGAAGAAGGGGAGCCAGACGAUCCUAAGGGAGCAGAUGGUGUAGAGAAUGAGGUUACUGGAGACACGAGUUUACCUGAGGCAAUGGAUAUCGACGAUGAUAUACAUGGAGAGCAGAACGAAGUUGAACCUGGUGAUGAUGAAGGAGCUGAAGAGGAAGGAGCCGAGGAGGAAAACUUACCUUCCAACGCAGAAGUCGAGAAGGACUCCGAGUUAUUAGAUGAUCCAAAGGGUGAGGAUAGCGAUCGCACCCAGGAAGAAAUGCAUGUUGAUAGAACUUCCCAGGAUGAACCCAAUGAACCUCAGGCACCUUCGGGCGAAGAUCCUAGGGACCCACAGAACAUGGAUGCUAGGACAUCCAACAACUUUUCUGAAACGAGCAAUAUCAUCGCUGGCAUGAAGGGCAACACCUCACAACUGCAUGGUGAAGAGAAUAACUUAGAGGAGACGGGCAUGACUGAGGCGUCAAGGCAGGACAAGACAGAGGGCGGUGUGGAGAAGUCAUCUCUGGAGACCGUGGAUGGAGCAGAUCGAACGGCCUCUAGGUCGGAUCCAUCUACAGCAUCAGAAGGGCACAACCCGGAGAAGCCCGACAUUAAUCCCUAUAGAAGCCUGGGUGACGCUUUAAAGCAGUGGAAGGAGCGCAUCAAGGUAGCGGAUAGUAAUGAGCAAUCCGGAGAACUGGAGAAUAAAUCAGUUGCUGUUGAGGAAGACGUCGCCGAUGGAGAUGAUGCCGCCACCGAGUACGAAUUUAUUACUAAGGAAGAUGAUCCGAGCAAAGCUCAGGCCCUGGGAUCUGCCACAAAGGAGCAGCUAGAUGACAGCAUUGCUCAAUCAGGGCUAAUGGAGGAAAAUGCUUCCGAUGAUGUUAUGCAGGAGCAAGAAGCAGUUGACACGAAUCAACAAGUGGAUGAAGAGUAUGAGAACAUUGAUAAGAGUCAGAUACUCGCUAAUACCAAAAAGUCCAGACUAAACAAUGUUAAGGAAGAAGGUAAAGAGCAGGGUGAUACACAUCUUCAAGAUGAUAUCGAGAAAGAUAUAGGCCUGCUAGAUCUGGAGGAUGCACCAGUGCCAAAUAGCAGUUUAGAUGACAGUCUUGUCUCUCUUCAAGUUAACGGAAGUGAAGCGAGUAGAGUCAUCCAGUUAGUCAACAAGGACGAAUUCUGGAGUGAAGAUGAGAUUAGUCGUGUUAGGAAAGAGCUUGAGGUAGGACUCAAAGAGACAGCCGGUAAUAUCGAAGCUGCUCGGGAAAUUUGGCAAAAGUAUGAGCAUUUGACCGCUAGACUCUCGCAGGAAUUGGCUGAGCAAUUAAGGUUGAUACUGGAACCAACGUUGGCCACUAAAUUACAAGGCGACUACAGAUCAGGGAAGCGAAUUAACAUGAAGAAGAUUAUUCCGUACAUUGCUAGUCAGUUUCGGAAGGACAAAAUAUGGCUACGUCGCUCUAAAGCGAACAAGCGACAGUAUCAAGUUGUCCUUGCAAUCGAUGACUCCCGAAGUAUGUCUGAAAGUCAUUGUGGACAUAUGGCGCUGGAGGCUCUUAUAACAAUAUGCAGGGCUAUGUCACAAGUGGAGAUUGGACAGAUGGCAGUGGCCAGUUUUGGAGAGAAAGGAAAUGUCCAUCUUCUGCACGACUUUGAUCAGACUUUUUCCAGUGAAGCCGGUGUUAAUAUGGUGUCUCGCUUCUCAUUCAGCCAGGACAACACUAUUGCUGAUGAACCUAUGGUGGAUCUUCUUCACUUUUUAACUCGCAUGUUGGACAUAGCUGCACGAAAUGCAGCAACUCCAUCUGGAAACCUAAACCUACAGCAGCUCGUGCUUAUUAUCGCGGACGGUCGUUUCCAUGAAAAGGAGAGUCUGCGAAGAUGCAUAAGGGAGGCAACAAGCCGGAAGCAGCUCUUAGCUUUCAUUGUUCUCGAUAACCCACAGGAAUCCAUUCUGGACAUGCAGUCUGUAUCUUUUGGAAACGGUGCUCCAUCUUUCACCAAAUAUUUGGACUCCUUUCCAUUUCCAUAUUACAUAUUGUUGAGAGAUAUCGAAUCUCUUCCAAAGACUCUUGCUGAUCUACUUCGCCAGUGGUUCGAGUUGACCCAGCGAUUCGGUUGACAGUCUGAAAUGUAAACUUCUUCUAAUUAAUAUAAACGUCGUUCAAGAAUCUAUGAGUUCACAAAAUAUUUAUUAUGAUAAUGACUGUGUUACUCUCUUGCAUAUUUCAAAUCGCGCUCAUUGAGGUUGUGCUGUUGAGUGUAUGUUUGCAGCAACUUUCUGUGUAGUGUGGAGUGUCAUGUGGACAAGGAUCUCUCCCGAAAGGCUUUUUUUUUCGAUGCUCAUGAGUUGUCAUCAUACACGUAUACAAACAACAAAUCAUUCAUGUCCAACACUGGUUAAUAAACACACUUGGA